AUCUCGCGAGACUGUCAGACGCGUGGCGUGAGGUGUGAGAGGAAGGUUGUGCUCUCGCGAGAACUCUGCCUUUCGGCUCUUGGUUUCUGUAGGGCUGGUGUCUGCCGCAGGAAGGUACCCUCCGGAUCGCCGGGAGUUGCCCUGGGAACUGGAACAGUGAGCAGAAUGAGUGCCUCACAGGACCAGAGCGGCUGCUCCAGUAAUAGAGAGCCCCUUUUGAGGUGUUGCGAUGCACAGAGGGACUUGGAGCUUGCAAUUGGUGGAGUUCUCCGGGCUGAACAACAGAUUAAAGAUAACUUGCGAGAGGUCAAAGCCCAGAUUCACAGCUCCAUAAGCCGUCACCUGGAACACCUCAGAAGUCGGGAGGUGUGGCUAUAUGAACAGGUGGAUCUUAUCUAUCAGCUUAAGGAGGAGACACUUCAGCAGCAGACCCAACAGCUCUACUGGUUACUGGGUCAAUUCAAUUGUCUUAUUCAUCAGCUGGAGUGCACCCAAAACAAAGAUUUAGCCAAUCAAGUCUCCCUGUGCCUGGAGAGACUGGGUGGUUUGACCCUCAAACCUGAAGAUUCUACUGUCCUGCUCUUUGAAGCAGAUACCAUUGCCCUUCGCCAGGCCAUCACCACAUUUGGGUCCCUCAAGACCACUCAAAUUCCUGAGCACCUGAUGGCUCAUGCUAGUUCAUCAAAUAUUGGACCCUUCCUGGAGAAAAGAGGCUAUAUCCCAUUGCCAGAGCAGCAGAAGUCAGCAUCCAGCACCACACCUGCCCAUCUCAGCGAAUGGCUCCUUGGAAGCAAGCCUGGCAAUGGUCGUCAGGCUCUGUACAUACCAAGCACCAACCUCCAGGACUGGCUCACCCAAAAACAGACCUUGGAGAACAGUCAGACUUCUGCCAGAGGCUGCAGUUUCUUCAGUCACAUCUGGGGUGACCUAACGGGCUUGGAAAAUUGGCUCCACAAGAGUCCACAAGAAGUUCUUGAAACACCAAGUUACCAAAAGUCUAACAGUUAUUCCACUCCCAAUUCUUACUCCUUUGAAAUUGAAAAGGGUGGAGAUCUAGAGCUUCUUGAUCAAGAUGAGAUGGACCUUUCUGACUGGCUGAUGACUCCCAAGGAAUCCCAUAAGCUGGAGAAGCCUGGCAAUAGCAGCUGUGAAGCCAGUGAGAAGUUUAAGCUUCUGUUCAAGGUGUUCCAGGAGGCUUACAGUGUGAAUGACUGGCUUUUUAAAACUGAUUCCUGUACCAAUUGUCGGGGCAACCAGCCCAAAGGUGUGGAGAUUGAAAAUCUGGGCAAUCUGAAGUGCCUGAAUGACCACUUGGAGGCCAAGAAACCUUUGUCCACUCCCAGCAUGAUUACUGGAGAUUGGCUUCUCCAGAGCCAUCAUGACCCAUAUAAAGUAGAGGAAGUAUGCAAAGCCAACGAGCCCUGUACAAGCUUUGCAGAGUGUGUGUGUGAUGAAAAUUGUGAGAAGGAAGCUCUGUGUAAAUGGCUUCUGAAGAAAGAAGGAAAGGAUAAAAAUGGAAUGCCUGUGGAACCAAAACCUGCACCUGAGCAGUGUAUGGAUUCCCUGAAUUUGUGGCUUUGUCCUUCCAGGAAGAAGGCAACAGAGCAAGCUCAGGCAUCUAAGAUAGUGGCUCCUUCUAGAAUUAAUGAUUCCUUCCAAGUCUUAAGGAACACUCCCUUGUCAGAGUGGCUCUUCACACCCUCAUGCAAAGAAGCAUCUCCCAAGGAAGUGCCUAGUACUGAGGACAGAGCUGGCAAACAAAAGCUUAUGAACCCUGCGGCCACUUCCUGGUUUCCCUUUAACACAGCUGACUGGGUCUUACCAGGAAAGAAGAUGGGAAACCUCAGCCAGUUAUCCUCAGGUGAAGACAAGUGGCUACUUCGAAAAAAGGCCAAGGAAGUAUUACUUAAUUCACCUUUACAGGAGGAACAUAACUUUCCCCCAGACCGAUAUGGCCUGCCAGCAGUUUGUGAUCUCUUUGCUUGUAUGCAGCUUAAAGUUGAUAAAGAAAAGUGGUUGUAUCGAACUCCUCUACAGAUGUGAAGGAAUGGAGUACUGGAGUCAAGCAGCUUUUCUGCAAAUUAUCAUACAUCAAUGAGCCGAGUGUCUGCGGCUUGCCAAAUCAUUAUUUCUGGGUCUGAUCAGUCAGCUUAGUUCCUUUCCUGCCUAAUUUUGAAUUAGUGAAAUUAAUUAUCGUAUUAUGAGUUACUGUGUAAACAAAGAAGGCUGUUGAUGCUGAGGUGAUACAGUUCCUUCUUACAGAAGUAUUAAUUCAUCCCUACACUAGAAACACAGCAUCUUGGUGGAUAGUCUUUUUCAUAGCCUCUGUGGCUCUUAGAUUGGGUUGUUACCAUUGUCUUAAAAAUCGAAUAGUUCUGUAAUCAAGAUGUAUUGAUGUUGAUGUAUUCUAGAGUUAGUAAACUUCCGUAACUUUUUGAUUGCCUUUAGAUGCUUCCCUUGCUGUGGGUUUUCUUCCAUUAGUGGUGGAAAUUAUUCUUCUUUUCAACUAAUAUAUAGUAUGUUUCACACAAAUAGUUUUCCCAAUAUAGUAUUUUUUCUUACCAAAAUGUGUAUUAACAAUCUCAGCAGUUUUUGACAUUAAUCAUAGAACAUUUUAGCCUACAUGUUAGAGUCUUCAUUAUUUUUCUUCUUUUGAAAGAAGUUCAGCUGUUGCAAAUUUUGUCUUCUUCCCUUCUCUAAAGUAUCUAGUGAGCUCUUUUACAAAGGCUCAUUACUUCCGAAACUAUAUUCAGGGUAGUCUUAGCCAUCUUUCAGAAUAUACUGAAGAACUACUGGCAAAAAAUGCCAGUGCCAACUAAUCAAAGCGCAAAAGGCAAGACAUGUUGGAAAUGUAGUACUUGAACUAUUCACUGUCCUAAGAGUUGGUGCAUCCUGUGUAAAUGGAAGCUGAGCUGGACACCUGGUGCUUUUACUAGGGAUGAAUUAAAUGUGCUCUCACUGCAAGCAUAGCAUACCUAUACCUCUCUAAGUAUAAUACAGUGACAUUUUUGUGAACAGGCUGUUUGAACACUUGUGCCUUGGGGUGUUUUAUUGAAGCUUUAUGGGAAUUACUGUUUUCUCAACCUUAAAAUCUUGUCCAUGCUUUAAAAUGUUUCUCGGUAGAAGAGAAAUGAGAUUUGUAAUGUUUUUUAAUUCUCUGAGACCUUAGCUGCUAAACUAUUAAGCCACUCAACCUGCUUAUAUGUUAUUGGAAAUACUUUUAAAGUUUGUGAUGUGGUCAUCUAGAAAGCCCUUUUAGGAAAAGUUAAGUUUCACAUGGUCAUUGCCAUACAGCUUCUAGAACCACAGCCAAAAGAGCCUCCUAUUAUUUUUUAGCCUCCUUAGGUACCGUUUAGAACUUUGAUGAGGUGGCAGGUAAAAACUUGAGCCUUUCCAUUAUCUUAGAUUGCAGGAAACUUUGUAGUUUUUGAGGUUUUAACAGUUUAUUCCUAAAUUUACAUUAAUCACUAUGCUAAUGAUUAUAUAAAACAUUCUUUUGCAUUGAUGCAUUUUGUACCUCCUUCCAUUAAAAGCGUAUCAGCCAUA